AUGGACAAGGGGAAUUACACAGCAGUGACUGAAUUUUUUCUGAUUGGACUUUCUCAGUACCCAAGUCUCCAGAUAUCUCUUUACAUUCUCUGCCUAGUCAUGUAUCUGGUGAUCAUUUUAGGAAACAGCAUCCUCAUUAUAAUCAGCAUCCAGGAUCCCCGUCUUCACACGCCCAUGUACUUUUUCCUUGGGAAUCUUUCCUUCCUGGAUAUUUGUUAUACGUCCUCCUCUAUUCCUCCAAUGCUCGUGAACUUCAUGUCUGUGAGGAAAUCCAUUUCCUUCACUGGAUGUGCCUUACAGAUGGUGAUUUCUCUGGGCUUGGGGUGCACAGAGUGUGUGCUUCUGGCUGUGAUGGCUUUUGACAGGUAUGUUGCCAUCUGUAAUCCCCUGAGAUACACCAUUAUCAUGAAUAAAGGACUUUGUGUCCAGAUGGCAACUUGGACCUGGGCAUCAGGCUUUCUGUAUUCUCUGCUGCUCACCCUGCUGGCUAUGAUGAGACCUUUCUGUAACAACAUCAUUGACCAUCUCACCUCCCAUCUUACUGUGGUAAUCUUGUUCUAUGGUUCAGCUCUUUUCAUGUAUAUGAAGCCCCAGUCAAAGGACACUAAGACAUCUGAUGAACUCAUUGGACUGUCCUAUGGGAUAGUGACUCCAAUGCUAAACCCUAUCAUUUAUAGCCUGAGGAACAAGGAAGUAAAGCAGGGUGUGGAAAAACUCCUGACCAGAAAGUUGUAUUUGAGGAAAAUAUGA